AUGCUCGGGCCAUGGCUUGAGGCCUUUCCCAUUACCGCGCGCGACAUAAUACAAGAGAUCGACCACUACAUGAAAUACAAGCUGUCGGACGUUAUCCAGGAGGGGCCGGGCAAGGUGCUGACCGCGACGCCCAACGCGCAGCCGGCCAUCAUGGCGACAUCGAUUCUGAUUCUGCGGAUUCUGGAGCGCGAGUUUGACUUUCGGGUGGCCGAGCGCAUCGACGUCACACUGGGCCACUCGCUCGGCGAGUUUGCGGCGCUGGUCGCGGGUGGCUACCUGCAGUUCGAGGACAGCCUGUACCUCGUGCGGAAACGCGCCGAGGCCAUGGCGAGCGCCACGCAGCGUGCGCGCGACGAGCACGGCGGUGACUACGGCAUGGUGGCGGUGGUGACGGAGCCCGAAUACAUGGAGCCGCUGGUGGCGGCCGUGUACAAGUUUCUGGGGUACAGCGCGACGGGCGAGCGGCUGACAGCAGCUGCGACAGCGACAUCAACACCGCCGCCGAGCGAACAGGUGCUUAUUGCCAACAUCAACAGCAAGAACCAGAUCGUGCUGAGCGGCAACAUUGAGCGCAUCAGCGAGCUGAUGGCGCAGGUACGGCUGUUCCUGGGCCACGACCCGCGUGCGGUGCGGCUCAACAGCGACAGCCCCUUCCACAGCCCCAUUAUGCGUCCGGCCGUGGCCGAGAUCCGACGGCUUUUGGCGGGCCACAGCCGCGUCGCGGGUCGCGAGGGCGAGGACAUUGUGUCCUUCCCGGGCACCAUCCCGUGCAUCAGCAAUGUGACGGCACGGCCGUUUGGCAGCCGGGACGACCUCAAAGAGCUGCUGGCGCGGCAGUGCGAAGAGACGGUGCGCUGGUGGGACAGCAUCCGCUACCUGGACCAGGAGGAGGGUGUGCGGCGGUGGAUCGGUAUCGGGCCUGGCAAGGUCGGGCGCAACCUCGUGGGCAAAGAGGUGGGCAUGCGCGGCAAGGACCUGGUCAAGGGCGGCGGCGUGUGGGCGAUCACGGACCCGACAGAGAUUGAGGAGGUCCUACGGGGCCUAGAGGAGACUGAGUCGUUUGUGGACGACGACUAUUAG